CAGCCUAAAACAAAUUUGUGAAGGAAAUGCCAUACGAUGUACCUAUAUAAUUGGGCUCAAACUAAAAAAGUCUGGCUUGACUGUAGGCUACACAUCUUCAGGGGCUUCUCAACGUCUUGCUCUUCUGGCAUUAUCUAUGUUGCUCUUCAACAACUGUGAUUACCCUCUUUCACCAGCAGAUGGCUGUUCUCACUUGAAUUCAACUGUAAUCGCAUAUAAUUUAAUGCACAUUUCAGUGUAUUUACCUGACCUCUUACAUAUGAAUUAGUGGCCGUCCAGGUUGAAGCUUCUGCUGUCAGUGAUGGACAUACCCUAUUGUUAGCACUAAAUUAGCUUACAGCAAACGACGAUACUUUCUUUGAUGUCUCCACAUGGGCUACAGUUCUCCAUUUUUUCUUAACACGGUCCUUGUAGGUUGAUUUUUAUAUCGGCCUAUGAAGAAACGGUGAUAAACUGUAGUAUAAUUGUAACCCAUCAGGCCUGUGGGCUGAUAUGUUGUAGAUUAUGCUGAAUAACUUGGUUGACCAUCAGCUGGUUCGGAAGAUGUUACCAUUAAGGGUCGGUUUAUUUAGCAUUUGGUUGCGUCAUUUUACCUGAACACUUUUGAGGAAAACCGCAGAUAGCGCACAGUUUAUGCGAUCUUUGGCCUUAUGAUACUUUUUUUUUAAAGCAGGAGGAAAGGAUUGCUGGACCAUCUGAGAGAGAGCUCUAAGCUGUGAGGGAUCUGACCCCCAAGCCUCCAUUGGACAGGCUCAGAGGGAAGGGGGUGUGUCUAGGCACUGCCGCGCUGCGCUCUGCCAUCCCCUCCACGCUUCUCUCAACAACAACUGUGCGCUGCUGUAGCUCCUCUUCCAGAUGCUGCCGCAGCAGCUGAGAGGCAGAGAGAGGAGGAGGACCCGCCUGAGCCGCUCUGAGCUGGAUUUCUGCGAGGUGCGUCCGGGCGCUGCGGUAGACGGCCAGGGAAAAUAGGGGCCCCACAGCGGUGAAGAUUGCCAGCCUUGAAAAAUAGAAGCCAAGUCCAUGCCAUUGAGAAACACAAAUGAUGGACAAGAAAAGUGCAAAUGGCUAUCCCUCCAAAGUGGCUGAGGGAGGCAGCCAGAGGAAGCAGAUCCCUUACUCUGUCGAGACACCCUAUGGCUUCCACCUGGAUUUGGACUUCCUCAAGUAUGUGGAUGACAUUGAGAAGGGCAAUACCAUCAAGAGGGUGCACAUCCAGAGGAAAAACAAGGGUCCCAAGUACAGCACACUGCCACGCAACUUCAGCCUUCCUGGACAUGGAACCCGACCUCCUCCAAAGGACAUGUGGGCAUCUGGCACCUCCACCCUUGGGCCCAAGCCGAAGUCACGGGUCACUGAAGUCCAGCAGAUCUAUGACUUCAAACCCAGCGAUGGUGGGUCCUCCAGCCUCUCCAGGAUCCAAGGGAGCAGCUACUGUCCACCCCUAAGACCAGCAGAGGAGGUCAAAUCUCGGGUAUACGAGGAGCAGCCGCUGAGCCUCCAGGUGAGGCCUAACCUGCUCCGAGCCUCCAGCAUGCCUGUAAACGUCCCCCGCAGGAAGGGCUCCGACUCCUCAGAGGACCGCAGCCCCGUGGCCACCAGCGAGUCACAGAAGGAGAACGGCUCCUACGAGAGGCUCUUCCGGGCAGUCGAUGGAACCGACAGGCGGGGAAGUAUACCCCAAGACCGGGCAAGCCUGCAUCUCCAGAUUACAAAUGCAUUAAAGAGAGUGCGGGAGCUAGAGGAGCAGGUGAGGACUAUACCGGAGUUGAAGGCUCAGAUCUGCUCCCUUACGGAUGAGAAAGAACAACUUCUCAAGAGAAUAGAGGAAAAAGAACAGCAACAGCAACAGCCUCCACCUGUUGCCCAGGCUGCAGAGGAGCGGGAGGAGGAGGAAGAGGAGGAGGAGGAAGAUGCUGAAAGUCCCAAGCAAGGAACAGAAGACUCCUGCCUUCCAACCACCAUGAUCUAUGUUGAGCCUCCUACCCCAGAGGAUGAGACCAAAACUCAAAUAGAGGACUCAGAAUCAGCCCAAGAAGAGCCAGAGGACGAAGCUGCUGAGACACAGAAACCUUCAACGCAGAUGUCAGAGAUGCAAGCAGAGUCAUUAGAGAAAGGACCAGAGGAGAUCUCAGAUGCCUUGGUAUCGGUGUCAAAAACAGAGACGCAGGAAGACACAUCAGAGAGCAUCAAAGAGCAGGCAGAUGGCACAGAGCCAGUGGAACAAGCAGAAACACAAACAACCCCAGCACAGGAAUUUGAAAAGCCAGCUGAGGCAUCCAGACAGGGUCUAGACCAACAACAAAACAGGGCAGAAAGUCCGACAGACCACUUUGGGGAGAAACAAAUAGAGCCAUCGGGGGCUGUUUCAAAGGAGACAGCGAUGCCAAGAGUCCCAUUAGAGUGUCCCGUAUCUGUUGUGAUAACAGAGGCAGAAGAGGAGAGUGAGGAAGCUGAUAUUAAUGAAAUGGAGGGAAAAAACGCUGACCAAGUUGAGCAUCCUGUCAAAGAGAGCCAAAGUCUCAUCAUUCAGAAACUGCAGGCCAAACUGCAGGCCUUGGAAGAGAGACUGAACAGUUCCAGCCUAGAGUUAGAGAAGACGCAUGCCUUACUGAGGGAUCAGGUGGAGGAGAAUAGGCUGAAGGAUGAGAGAAUACAAGAGCUUAAUGAGAGAGCAAGAGAGUUAGCAGAAAUGGCAAAGAAUGAUGCAGUAGAGAAUGAUGAGAGUCAGCCACAACCUGAGCCACUUCAAACCAGUGAUGCAGCAGUUUGUACUGAUUUGGACCACGUAAGUGUGUCUGAAAAGGCUGUGUCCACUGAUGAUGAGGCCCAGCCAAACAAUGGCCCCAAAGAGACAGAUCUGACAUGCUCCAGUACUCAGACACCUUCUGUUGAGGCCAAAGAUAUGGAGGUGCUGGCCCAAGUGCUCACCUCAGAGAAGGAGGUAGGAGUUGAGAUUAUUACCUGUGACCAGGCAGUGGAGACAGAGGCCCAGAUGGACAUGGUCUCUGGGACAGAGGAGAGGAACGAAGGAGCAGAGGAAGUGGCAGAACAGGAAAGUGUGGUUUCCGUGGCUGUGGAAACCACAGAGAGCACGUCUAUUGAGAAUGUGGUGAGUGAAGUCAAAGUACCUGAGGAGGUCGCAGUGGAAGAGAAGGCAGUUGAGGAUACUGUUGAGAAGAGCGUAGAGGCAGAAAGUGAGACAGAGGAGGAGAAAGUGAUUGAGAAAAUGGUGGUUGAAGAGGACAGGGUGGAGGAGAGUGCAGUUAUAGAGAGUGCAGUCGCAGAACCUGCCCCUGCUGAAAGUGCAGCUGUCGAGAAUACAAAAAGGGAGGAUGUUGCCAAGGAUCCUGCAGUCACCAAGGAGACGGCGGAAUCUCCAAGUUCAUCAGAACCGGACCUGAAACCACAGAAAGAGGGCCAGCCUGCCCAGGAGGCUCAGUCCCAGUCUCGCCGGUCCAGUGAGGGCUCAGGCUCAGGCUCUGCAUCACCGGCGGCCAUCGGCCAUGUGGUCACCCGCAUCCAGGGCCUCCUGAACGAGCAGUGGAGCAGCCUGGGCAGUGGGAGCCCCCAGGAGGCGUCGCAGAGCGCCCCCAAGCAGCAGAGUGCGCCCAAGCCGCAGCAGCCGUCCAAGUUCAGCUCCAUCCAGAGUCAGCUGGUGAGCUCGCUCAGCGUCCUCUCCGCCUUCUACUCGCCCGGACAGAAGGAGAAGGCAGCGGCCGCCUCACGGCAGUCAGGUCUGAAAUCCAUAAUGAAGAAAGAUGGCUUACCUCAGAAGCCAGGGAAUGGAGCAGCAAAGAAGAACCUAAAGUUUGUUGGAGUGAAUGGGGGCUAUGAAAGCACCUCCAGUGAGGAGUCCAGUGGGGAGGAGAAUCAGGAGGAGCAGGAGCAGGAGGAUAGCUCUGAGCCGGAGGAGGACAAGAAGGAGCAGGAGCAGGGCGCCGAGGCCCAGGAGGAGGCCAUCUCUGCUGGGGCUCAGGGGGAGGAGGAGGAGGAGGAGGCUGGGGGGCCAGAGGGUGCCGCGGAGCCCAGAGGAGCAGAGGCCUUCAUGAGCUCCCCAGAGCUGCCCGUCAGUGAAGUUGUUGAUAAAGAGUUCAUGGCAGCUUGUUAUUACCUGAAGGAUCGCAGAAAUGAAGUUGACAACCCAAAUAAGGAGAUGAGGCAGGUCCUGAUGGUUUUGUACCAAGAGUGGUUUCGCGUGUCCAGCCAGAAGGACUCGCAGGCUGACAUGGUGACCCUCUACCUGAGAGAGGUGGGCAAUGCCACGCCCACUCUCCUCAGUUACAUCGUAAACCUGGCCGACGGCAACGGGAACACAGCGCUGCACUACAGCGUGUCCCACUCCAACUUCCCUGUGGUCAAACUGCUACUGGACACAGAGCUGUGUGCAGUGGACCACCAGAACAAAGCGGGCUACACAGCCAUCAUGCUGGCGGCCCUGACUGCAGCAGAGAGCCCCGAGGAUGUGGAGGUGGCCCAGCACCUGCUGCAGAAGGGCAACAUCAACGCCAAUGCCAGCCAGACAGGGCAGACGGCUCUGAUGCUGGCGGUCAGUCACGGUCGCACGGCAAUGGUGCGCGUGCUGCUCCACUGUGGGGCCAACGUGAACGUGCAGGACCACGACGGCUCGACCGCGCUCAUGUGUGCCUGCGAGCACGGCCAUGCCGAGAUUGCACGGGUGCUGCUCGAGCACCCCGACUGUGACACCAGUCUCAAAGACAAGGAUGGUCACACAGCUCUUUCAGUGGCCACUCAGGCUUCCCACAUGGAAGUCGUUGACCUUCUGCAGGCCCACACAGGUGCCCAGGCCUCACAGGCCGCGGCUCCCCACUGAACCAGGGGAACCUGGACGACAUUCCUCCUCUCCAGGGAAACAUCAAGGACAAAGGCUGCUUUCACCAACCAGCUGCCUUCCGUUGGCCUUCCAUCCAGCAGGCCUCUGCAGACCUUCAGAGGACACGACUCACAACCUUACUGGUAUUCCAGAGCCUUGGCCAACAUUCCUUUGGGACUAAUUAGAAUCUGGCAGGUUGCCAAUGCGAAUCAGAAUUCCUUAUGCCAGGCAGAGGAGGCUCAGUGGCAUGGGAACAGGGUCCUGGUUACUAAGAAUUCCGAGGUCUUUCUGCUGCAAGACAAAAACAGAGGUGUUGAGGUGUCCUCUGAAGCACAUAUAGCUACUCUUCCAGCUCUUAAUCUGGACCAAGCAGUGUCCACCGAUUAUGUUAUUAUUUCUCAACUGUUAUUUUUUACCAUUUACAAUUGUUAUAUUUUUGUCAGAUAAGCCAUCACCAAGGCAAUUUUAUUAUUGAUCCACAUUAUUUAUUUUGUAUUGCACUUUGUUUAUAUUUAGUCUGUUCUGUUUAGCCCAUUCUGAUUACAACCUGAUAAAUGACUCACAAGUCUUCCAAUAUGAAGGUUUAGCAGUUGGGUAGCCAGGUAAGUUUCCUAUCAAUGAAUGCAUAGUCAUGUACUGUACAUGACACCAAGUGAGCUGGACAAAGAGGAUGAGCUAAAGCCAGUAUAAGCUCUACAGGAUGACAGGAGAAUCCUCCAAGGCCAUGAUAGGUGCUCUCAAAAGACUCACUCAAAAGAGUGAAAGGUAUUUGUAUAUGAGCCCUUUUAUAAAAACAGGUAUCCAACCAGUCUGGACAGCUCUUUCUUAAUAUUCUUGGACCACAGUCCACUAAAGUGCAAGUUAAUGGAAAAGGUGAAGGGCAGAAAGCAAAUAGCAACGUAGCAAACAGGUUUCUUGACAAAGCCAAAAAAGCAAUUUAACAUGCCACUUGCCAGUCUCAUAUUCUGGUAAAAAGAUCCAUUUUAGAACAUGCACGCACUGACACAAAGAAUCCACUCCCUUGAUUAAGUCUUAAUCACAUGGGUUACUUUAUUUUCAUAACUUCCACAUUAUGAGGGCAGACAACUCCGCUCCAUGGGGCCUUUGGUGCUCUGGUAUCCAACUCCAAUAUCAACAGAGCUCUCCAAUUAGAUUUCCAAGUGGAGGCCAUGCAGAGUCUGUCUUAAGUCCAGUAAAAUCAUACGGGGCAUCUGUGAAUGUAGGCCAUGACUCACAAAUAUUUGUGGGUGUGGAUGUAAAGGCUCUCUGUCCAUCUUUCCCCUGUUUGUCUCUUUGUAGAGCAAAGUAUGAAUCCAGGACAAAUAAAUGUAGUUGUACUAUAUCAAGUACAGGGUUUUCUAUACUAUCAGUAGAAUACAUGGACAGCUAGCUUUAAGAUGUACCAUGACAAUAUGUUGUCCAGAUGAGUAUGAAGCCACUUUUGAAAUGCCAUCCUUCUUCACACAUUAAUAUACCCAAUGCCAUCCUUCUUCACACAUUAAUGUACCCAAUGCCAUCCUUCUUCACACAUUAAUGUACCCAAUGCCAUCCUUCUUCACACAUUAAUGUACCCAAUGCAUUUCACCCUCUCUCCUUCUUGCUGUCUCUCUUGCGAUCCCUCUCAUCACUACUCUUUCAUCCUCAUCUUCAUCAUUGCCCAUCAGCUUUUCUGUAUCACACCAUACUGCCACUUCUGUCCUCUUCAUCCCUUUAUCUGAAGGGCAGCAUUCUCACUCAUCUGAAGGAAAACUAACAGAAUCUCCACUCAUGAGUUGUUCCACACACCAUUUGCAGCACAACUUGCACAAGUUAAUGAGUUGCACAGGCAGACAGGUUUGAGACGAUGGCGACAAGAGUAUAUUUGAACAAUAAUUAAUUGUAGAGACAAAUAUCUAUUAAAAGGAGCAAAAGACUGUUUCCUCCUGCAAAGCCAAGACAUUACAAAAGACUUAAAGAGCACAUGAUUAAUAUGCCUAAAAAUGAAGUCAUCACCCACAGCUAUGUUUUCCUAUGUUGAAUGUCUUUAUGACCCAAAACAUCAAUCCUAUUUUUUAAAUACCAGCAAAGUUAUGUCUGGCUUUGGAAGAAGAAACACAUACUGAUGACAAAUCACUAUAUCUCUAUUGAAAAGUAUUUAUUUUAAAGUCUAUAUUUUCUAAAUAUAUCUAUAUAUGCAUGGGACAAAUGUUGGAAUUUAACAUGUAUGAAUUCAAUUCUGGUCUGGUCUUCUAAAUCAUGUCUAUGUAACAAAAAAAAGAUGUUCUCAAGAAGGGAGGAGGUUAUAGUUGUUUGCUUGUUUUCUACUUUGGUUAUCUUUAUAUAUAUGUUGUCUCUCCUCUGAGGCAUUGAUUGCAAGGUCAAUUUCACUAUGGCUCACUGGUUAACUAAAAUAUGGGAAAGUGCAUUUUUCCUCUGGUUUCUUGGUCAUGAUAAAGUUGUGCAUUACAGGGCUGAAACAUUUCAACUGGAUGUCCUCGUGUACAAAUCAGUACCCAUUAAUAUUAUUCCAAAUAUAUUAUGGACCUGUUGUAUCCUAACCAUUUACAUAAUAGAAUUCUAAAUAAACAGGAAACCUUG